AUGUGGGGAAGAUGUUUGAGAGAGUGGUGGCUUCCCGCAUCGUUCAACAUUUGUCCCGGAAUGGUCCGGGACUGUGUGAUGGGCAGUACGGCUUCCGUGAGAUCGACCAUGGACGGCCGUGGUGGAGGCGAUGCGUUAUCACCGCCUCCCUGCUUACCUGGUGGAUACGGUCCUGGACUACUUCCGGGACCGGUCCUCAGGAUUGCCCUGCCCCCAAGCUGCCACCUGGUGUGUUAUGCCGAUGACACACUGGUGGUGGCCGGGGGCUCAGGAUGGAGGGAGACGACGCGCAUGGCCGAAAUAGCGGUGGCAUGCGUGGUCCGUACAAUUCGCGCCCUAGGGCUGGAGGUAUCGUCUCACAAGUGUGAGGCCAUCUUUUUCCAUGAUUGCCUCCGCGGGGCACCACCUUCAGCCCACGUCAUGGUGGGGAACGUCCCUGUCCCAGUGGGGCCCAGGGUAAAAUACCUGGGCCUCACACUGGACGGCCGCUGGUCGUUCGAGGAUCACUUUGUAGGAUUGGCCCCCUGGUUGGAGCGUCUAGCCAUGUCGAUCAGCCGCAUUAUGCCUAACCUGGGGGGCCCUCAUGUGAAGGCUCGCCGCCUGUAUGCGGGAGCGGUCCGAUCGGUGGCCCUGUAUGGGGCAUCCGUGUGA